AUGAAUGCUUCAAUACUGUUACCGGUACGUAAAACAUGUACCAAAAGCAAUGAAGAGCACAAUUCGUGCGGUUCUUCGUGUGCUAAGACGUGCCAAAACAAGGAUAAGCAGAUGAUGUGCGCCGCCGUCUGUAAGGACGGCUGUUAUUGCACGAUAUGUACGAAAAGCAAUGAAGAGCACAAUUCGUGCGGUUCGUGUGAGAAGACGUGUCAAAACAAGGAUAAGGGGUUGAUGUGCGCCGCCGUCUGUACGGACGGGUGUUAUUGUAAAGAGGGUUAUAUUCGAGAUGAAGAGAGUGGUCAAUGUAUCUCUCCUAGUAAAUGUCCCAAGGUUGUAAUCUUGAACAAAAACUUGGUUAACAUUGAGGGCACAAUAUGUACGAAAAGCAAUGAAGAGUACAACGAUUGCGGGACGUGUGAGAAGACGUGUCAGAACAGACAUAAAUGGAGAAGAAUGGGAUGUAUAGCCGCGUGUUUCCAUCAAUGUUAUUGCCAGACCUGUACCAAAAACAAUGAAGCGUACGAUGAGUGCCGA